CACUCUAUCCAGAUUCCAGACACAGCCGCAAUUGAGCAAAUCAAAAUGGGUUCGACUUCGAGGAGCGACGAAAGAUCCGAAAUCGUAUUCUUCGACGUGGAGACGACGGUGCCGACCCGAACCGGUCAGGGAUUCGGGUUACUGGAAUUCGGAUCCAUCCUGGUGUGCCCCAGGAAGCUGGUGGAGCUGGAGAGCUACUCCACCCUGGUCCAACCCACCGAUCUCUCGCUCAUCUCCUCCUUGUCCGUGCGAUGCAACGGCAUCACCCGCGAUGCUGUCGUUUCCGCCCCGACCUUCAGCGAGAUCGCCGAUCGGGUCUACGACAUUCUCCAAGGACGGAUUUGGGCGGGUCACAAUAUACUGAGGUUUGAUUGUGCUCGCAUAAGGGAGGCUUUUGCAUAUAUUGGUCGGCCAGCGCCGGAGCCAAAGGGCACGAUUGAUUCAUUGGCAUUGUUGACUCAGAGGUUUGGAAGGAGGGCUGGUGACAUGAAGAUGGCCACUCUUGCGACUUAUUUUGGACUUGGACAGCAGACCCACAGGAGCCUGGAUGAUGUUCGGAUGAAUCUUGAAGUUCUCAAGUAUUGUGCAACAGUUUUAUUCUUGGAGUCAAGCCUGCCAGACAUAUUCACAGAAAAUAGUUGGGUUUCUCCAAAUGCUAUUACAAGAAGUCGUGUAAAUGCAAAUUCUUCUCCAGAAGGGGUGGGCCCAUGCAUUAGUCCUCCCUCGUCAACUUUAAAGUUGAAAAAUGGUCCCAAGCUAUCUCCUAUGAAUAAAAAACAAGAGCAAAAUCAUCCAAUAUUAUCACUUAUGACUCGCAGUAGUGCAGCAGAGGGUGAACCUAGUGCUCAAGGAGAUUCUUUUGACAUGAGCCGGCUAAUAAGUGAAUCUGAAUCCCUUGAAUCUGACGCCACUAUGGAAGAAACGGUGGAGUCUUCUGAGACGUCUUCCACAGCUGAUGUUUCCUACGGUAGCAGUGAUUCUGGGGGAUUUUUAGAGCCUAAUGAAGUUUCUAUUUCUGCUAUCAAAGCAUGUUUUGUUCCAUUUUAUCGUGGGAGUCAAAGAAUGCAAUUAUUGCACAAAGGUGUCAUUUUGCAGCUUGGUUGUACACAUUUGAAAGUGCGAUUUGGGUUAAGUACGAAAUUUGUUGAUCAUGCUGGCCGCCCACGAUUGAACAUUGUGGUUAACGCAUCACAGAGUUUAUGUAAGGUUCUCGAUGCAUGUGAUGGUAUGGUAAAGAAGCUCUCCUCGGAUUCUGGUAGCAGCUCUGAAUGGAGGCCUGUUGUGUCCAGGAAAGAUGGCUUCGUUAACUAUCCUACAGUGAGAUUGCACAUACCAACUUCCAUAACUGGAGAUAGUGCUCGAUAUGCUACAGAGAUAUGUCAAAAAGAAUCUUCCGGCUCUGAGCAAAGGCUUGUGUUCAGCAAAUUUGACGCAGCAGAGCUUGAACCCUUGUUCACUCCUGGGACCUUUUUGGACGCAUUCUUUUCCUUGGAUCCAUAUGACUAUCAGCAGAAUGCAGGCAUUCGCUUGGUGGCGAAAAAAUUGAUUAUUCAUUCCAAUUGAUGAGAGAAGAAGAAUCUCUGAUUUAUUUAGGAGGGUCAGGUGUCGUGAUGUGAAUAUGUAAAAUAGCACCAAAGUAGACUAACAUCUACAAAGAAAAUGUUUUCCAUGCAUUCAAGGUUAGGAUGGAAAGGACAUGGAUACUGAUGAUUGACUGUGAGAUGUAAGUGCAGAAUCUAUUUGAAUGUUAUUAAUGUUAUAACUGGCCACCAAAUUUGUUUA